ACGAAGAAGCCAGUGAUGUGUACAUACCAAUUUAUUUGAACUAGCAAUCAAUUAACAGCACCCAAUUUUGAACGUUCUUUUAUUGCUAACUUCUAGAAACACGUUUCCGAUCGCAGUAUCUGUUAACGUUCGUAUAUUAAUGUUGUCGUAAUUUUUCGUUUGGUUCAUCGAAUAUAUUUUCUCAUUGUCGUUACGCAAGAAGACAAAGUUCACGGCCGACGAGCUUCAUCAUUGGUCAAUUUCAGUUGAGCUGUGGAAUCGAACAAGGCGCGUCUAGAUUCCUAGAUCGGAGGCUGCAUCCGGGCCAGCGCAGGGAUCGAGUUACAGCGGGGGCGUGCGAAUGUCAAGGAACCCCGACCGUCAGCGUCACGUUCGCGCACUGCUGCCUUCGGUGAUCAGUCGCAGCCGAUAUGUCUGCGCGCGCGCCAGCUUAUCGCCCGGCUCUUGGCGUUCUCGUUGCGCUUGCUUUUGCCACGCGACUUGUCGGGAGUGAUGACAUUAACUGCACCAGAGACGGGCUUUAUGCCGACUACGAUAAAGAAUGCAAAGAAUACGUCCGUUGUUCCGGCGGAACAAUCACUGGACGAUAUACGUGCAGAUCAGAACGCAGUUUCAGUGAAGUUGCUGGUGCGUGUGUACCACAACAACGUCGACCGUGCGUCCGCCGCGUAUGUACACCUGGAGAUACCCUAGCCUAUGCCAUGCCCGGGACGGCUUGCAAGCAUUAUUACCGCUGCGAAAACGGAACUGCUGUUGAUCGAGCAUGUCCUUCCAGUACGUGGUUCGAUCUCGACCGUCAAGCCUGCGCUCGAGGGGCCGGAACCUGUUAUGAACCCGUUUGUGCCGGCCUCCCCGAUGGUGAAUAUCCUGAUUCAUCGCACGAAUGUCGUCGACUUUUACGUUGCGUCGGAGGAGAGUUGCGCGCUGUUGUAUCGUGUACCAAGGAUACCUGUGCUACUGCCUGUCCAUCACCACGAUCGGCCGCGGUGCCGAUACCGGCCGGCGAUGCCGACUUCUGCUCCGACGAAGCUUGCUCGUCUUUAUGCCAAAAUCAACCUAAUGGUGCUUACGCUGAUCGCACUGCCGGAUGUCGGGAAUAUUUCGUUUGUGAGACUCAUCGAGUUAUUCGUCGUGGUGUUUGCGAGCCCGGCAUGCUAUUCUCGAAAGCGGGCUGUGAACCAGCUACACGAGCGAUAUGUCCUCCGCCUGCGCUCAGUCCGUGUUUCAACCGUCCCGACGGCAUGCAUCGUGAUUGGCGCUCUUGUUCAUCGUGGUUCGAUUGCAGAAGAGAGCGGGUAAUUUCGAGAGGAACCUGCGCCACGGGGCUUGUCUUUGACGGGACAGGUUGCGUUCCGGCAACACAAUUUCCAUGCGAUGGACCCGAACGAUCUCAAGAGUGCGAAGGUCUUCCAAGUGGAACUUAUCAAGAUUUAGAUUCAAACUGUACAAAAUAUUUCCAUUGCGAGGGAGCUUCGCGCACUGUGCUCAGUUGUGGAGUCGGUCUUGUGUUUGACGGCGCUCGAUGUUCACCUGCCGAACAAUACUUGUGUCCGAGUCUAGAGAGAGACUCUUGCUACGGCAAAGCCGACGGUCGGUACCGCGCGGCGGACACUGGUUGUCGCGGCUACUACUCAUGCGUGGCCGGUGAGAAAUCUGUUUACGCGUGCCCAUCUGGUAGUGUCUUUGAUGGUGAAGCCUGUGUGCCUGCGCAACCCGGCAUUUGUCCCAGAGAAGAUUACUCCUGUGACGGUUUAUCAGACGGCUACCACCCAGAGAUAGAAUCCGGUUGCCAUAGAUAUUUCUACUGUGAGGGCGGAGACCGCCUAGCCACGCUGUCUUGCUUAGGAGGCAAAAUAUUCGACGGGCACGCGUGUGUGGAGACUCCGCACCACGAGUGCGGCGCGUUACCAUCUAAUUCAAUCGAGCGCGGCGGUCCAGAAUGUGAACGAGACGGAUUCUUCGUGCAGGAGGGCACCGGCUGCAAACGUUACUACUUCUGUGUCAGCGGCAACAGAACGUACCUGACGUGUCCCGAACACAAAGUCUUCAACGGGCAGGUGUGCGUGCCGAGCUCGCAGUACUCGUGUCCAGGGUGAGGGGAUGCUGCGACUCGCAGGCACCGCCCGGAUCCCUUGCGACCCUACAUAACCCCACCGGGAGACACGCGACACCCCACCGGGAGAUGCGACCCCCGCCGGAACAUACAGUUUACGUAUGCGAUACCGAUCCAUUGACGACUCCGCCUUUAGAGUAAGAUAAACUGAUAUAAGCACGGAGAGUUUCUGUACUUUAAGUAAAAUAGAGCAGUAAAUGCGAGUGUCAUGUGAAAGCACUUUAUACGCUUACCGCCUUUCGGUUUAACUGCUCAACAGAAUUAAUAUCGUUUUUCAUAACAUACAUUAAAUGCGUAGAUGAUACGAGCUCACGGCAUAUUUAAUGUCAAGUGGUCAUCUGUGUGCUUACUGCGAGUUUUUUAACGUUCUCGAUAACGUAAAAAUUAACUCAAAUUUGUAUGGAGUUCGAACGUUUGUCUGCGUUUGCCGCUAGGGGCGCUGUUCCAACUGCAUACAAAUUUGAGUUAACUUUUACGCUAUCGAGAACGUUAAAAAACUCGCUCUAAGCACACUUAACCUAUAACGUGGAUGCCACCAACAAGUUAAGACAUGAAAUCUAAGCCUCAAUUUUAUACUAGGACGGCUCGGCUUCUCACCUUUUUUGUUUCUGUUAAAACUAGGCAAAAAUAUUUUGUAAUUUAUAUAACGUAUCAAGAAACUCUCCUUGUGUAAAUCAGGCUCAAUCCAUCUGAUCCCCUCAAAAUGAUACACGGACAGUUCUUACUCUCUUUUUAUUUGCAUAAUACUUUAAGCAGACCUAAAACGUAAACAUGAAUAAUACAUUUAUAAUGUUUAAGUAAAUCACCCGGCAGGGACCAUAUCGUACAGUAUUAUAAUAUAUUAAACGCCAAGUUAAGCUCCGAGAUUAUACAAAUAAGAUAUAUUUUAAGGAAAAAUAAUUUAUUUUAAUUUUAGUAUAAAUUAUGACAUUAGUUGCUAUUUAUACCAGCUUUAAUCGCAUUCGGUUAUUCAAUAAACUUUUUAGAUUAAAAUUAAAAUAUAUGACAUUAUCGUAUUAUAAUUAAGCAAAACGACUAAAAAAUUAACUUUAGAAACAAGGUUAUUGAUUCGUCUUUUACAUGAGAACAUUCGGGAUUCGAAUCAAAAUAAAAUUACUAAUAACAAAGACGCAAUUUAAAAUUUAAACAACCCUGUUCCUUUUAUUAAGAAAAAUCUUGCAAAAUCAUCUUGUAUGUGCUUAAUAAACACGUACUAAUAUUUUGGAAAAUGUUUUUAAGCGCAAAUUAAUUAUAUACGUAAACACUAAAUAUUAUUAUAUAGUUUGAAUAAAUAUGAAUUCCAUACAUUACAGUUAUUUAUUUAAGAGGCCUACAUUUUAUACAAUAUUUUAUACAUAAUUUUAUACAAUAUGAUGUUAAAACAAUAGUUACAUUUCGAUUCACUCUUCUUCAUACCCGUUUGAAAUAUGGAAAAUGGAAAAAUUCAAGUUUCAAGCGUUUUCUUCAAUUAUAUCCAAUCUACAAAUACAUUUUUUAGGCUAAACAGAUUAUAUAAUUUUUGUAGAAUAACAAAAAUAACUUCACAUUAUAUGAUACAUAAAUGUGUACAAUGUUGACAUUAAAUUGAAAAGCCGACAAAUUAAUAUAUUCUAGAUUUCUCAUUUUUUAAAUCAAGAAUAAUAUUGAAUACACAUAAUACAUAUAUUUUUUUCUAGUUAUUAACAAUACUAUAACAAUUCUAUUUACAAUAAAAAUUUGGUCCACGCCAUUUUAAUGUCGUUUAAAGGUUUUUUUUUUUAUCACGUUUAAUAAAAUAUAAUGAAUCGAAUGCAUUUAUUUAUUUUAUAUGGAUGGUGAGACAGGCGCGACCGAAAUCGUAACAAGGAAACAUUAACAAAACUAAAUUUCAAAAUUAUUACAUUAAUUUCAAUACAUAUUGACAUAUUGAUGAUAUUGAUGAAUGAAAUUUUCAAUUGAUAUUAUUUUCAAUAAUAAUAUAAUAAAAUAUAAUACAAAAAUACUUUCUUAUUUAAUUAACAAGACAAGGAAUAGUCGCAUACAUUAAGCACCUCUCUCUAUCUUCAUCAUAAUCAAUAAGCAGUAUGCUCGUUAUGAAAUUGUAGGACCACAAACUUGUAUCUUUAGCCUUCAAUUAAAUUUCUACUUGAAGCCCGGCAAUCGGGGAGCAUAAACCUAAACUAAAUAAAAUAUAAUAACCCAGCCUGGGGUUCAGUAUACUUGAACUUGCUAAAACCAUAUCUUUUUUGUUUAUCUUAAGCAAAUGAAUAUUUAAAGUAGAUAUAAUUAAAAUAGAUAUAGUUAAAGUAGAUAUAUAUAUACAAAUUUGAGGCAUUAAAAGGUGAAAAUAGACAAAUGAGAAUGAGACAAAACGCUUUUGUACUCACUUGUACGACUGGUUAAUUAAAAUCAAUAAAAAUUCUGAAUGACU